AGGCUAGGGUAUGGCCAGGGUCCUCUUAACCGCCGUUCACCCCCCGAGCUGCUCGUAUCGCUUGCUCCAGUAGAUCACAUACCAAGCCUUGUCUCUGUUAGCUCUGAGCCACUCCGUUUUUGAGUUCAGGCGAUUGAUUCAUAAAGUUUAGGAACUCAUGACAGCUCGGGUAGCUAUACUUUCUCUGUAGCACCAGUUCGUUUGGCAGAGCAAAGAAGACUGUGAGCCGCAGCCAAGUGUGGGCUUAGAGAGAGAGAGCGAGAAUGCAGAGAUUGAAAGUAUUGUUACCAUUGAAGCGUUCGUUGCAUAUAUAUGAAUUUCUCUCUCAUCACAGAACCUUAUCUUCUCUACCCAACUACGCCCAACACGAUGAUCUUCAAGACCAGGUUUUAGUUGAGGGAAGAGUUAAAUCAAGAGCAGCUAUACUCAACAGACCAUCUACACUAAAUGCUCUCACUAAUCCCAUGAUUGGUCGGUUGAAAAGACUGUAUGAAUCAUGGGAAGAAAACAUAGAUAUUGGGUUUGUCAUUAUGAAGGGUAGCGGCAAGGCAUUCUGUUCUGGUGCUGAUGUUGUUGCCCUCUAUCAGUUGCUUAAUGAAGGAAAGAUUGAAGAGUGUAAAUUUUUUUUCAAGACACUGUACAAUUUUAUAUACCUUCUAGGAACAUAUCUGAAGCCACAUGUGGCUAUCAUGGAUGGUAUCACAAUGGGAUGUGGGGCGGGUAUUUCACUCCCUGGAAUGUUCCGUUUGGUCACUGAUAAAACUGUUUUUGGUACUCCAGAGACUCAAAUGGGUUUUCAUCCUGAUGCAGGGGCUUCCUUUUAUCUUUCUCGUCUACCUGGUUUUUUAGGGGAAUACCUGGCUCUAACAGGAGAAAAGCUUAAUGGUGUAGAAAUGAUUGCCUGUGACCUUGCUACUCACUUUUCACUAAAUGCAAGACUUGCGAUGAUUGAAGAACGUCUUGGUAAAUUGACCACAGAUGAUCAUACUGUCGUAGAGAAUUCUCUUUCACAAUACGGUGACCUUGUCUACCCAGAUAAGAGGAGUAUUAUUCAUAAGAUUGGAGUAAUUGAUAAAUGUUUUAGCCAGGACACUGUUGAGGAAAUUAUUGAUGCUCUGGAAGCGGAGUCUUAUAAUGAAUGGUGCACCUCAGCUCUCAAGAAACUAAAAGAAGCCUCCCCAUUGAGUUUAAAGGUCACUCUGCAAUCUAUACGAGAAGGUAGAUUUCAGCCUCUUGAUCAGUGUCUUGCUCGUGAAUAUCGUAUGUCUCUGAAUUGGAUCUCCAAAAACGUUUCUAAUGACUUCUGCGAGGGUGUUCGGGCAAGAUUAGUUGACAAGGACUUUGCACCAAAGUGGGAUCCUCCAAGUUUAGGAGAAGUAACUAAAGACAUGGUUGACUGCUUUUUUGCCCCCCUUUCUGAAUUCGAACCUGAACUAGACUUGCCUGUGGCAGUGCGAGAACCUUCUGUUUGACGGAUACUGAUAUAUUCAAAGAGGGGACAGUGAAUGUGUAAAUUGUGGCAUAUCAAGUUUUGAGUAGAGGGAAAACAUCUGUUACAAUAGCUUGUUAGUUGAGGGUUCUCUUCCGUAUCGGCACAUGUGGUCCAGUUAUGAGCAAAUAGAAUUCUUGGUGUUAUGUCUCUGGUGAUGAUGAAUUAGCAACCCAUGUAUUCCAUUUAAUCUUGAUUCUUUGAAAGUUUUUUGAAUUGCAUUUAGUAUCAUUCUCAA